CGUCAUCCGCGAUGGAAAAGGAAGGUUCUUUGCCGACCCCCGAAUUCCUCCAACUUUAAUGGCAGCUAUCGGCGAAACGGUACCCCAAAAGCUACUUACCGACGUGCGUAAGAGGUAUCCUAAUGCCAGUUCGACUCUUUUAGAAUUCCAACGCGGUGACAAGGGUCAAAUUCAAGUCCGUUACAUAGGCAGGGAAAAAUGGUAUGACUUUUAUCAAAGCAAAAAGUCUAACGCACUUAACAACGCCUUACCGAAGGAAAUAACGACAGCACUGGGUAGGCCUGACUUAUCCGUGCUGUCCAGCUUAACUACUAAGGAAACAUCAAGGCUAGCUUCAGGAUUCUUCAAAAGUCUUAGGACUGCUAGGGCUACCAGUCAAAUGCAUGCCAUCUCCGGAAUUCUGGAUAAGGAUCAAGGAAAGCUCACAAAAAUACAAGCUACUAAGGAAGACGUAGAGGAAAAGCUAACGAGUACGCCGUCGGGCAGCAGCGCUGCCCUGCAGCUGCAGCAGUCUUUAGAAUCACUCAACAUGGAAGAAAAUGCGCAGCAAAGAAUCAUAGACGAACACAAAGAACAACUUGACAAACUCACGGAGCAAUUAGACGAAAAAAACGCUGAAUUACAACAGCAGGCAGAAUACAUCAAAGAUCUAAAACGAGAUAUGGAUACUAAGGAUGAGGCGUACAUAAGAGCAAUACAGGAAUUACAAGAAACCAACGAAGCGCAAGACGAAGACACUCAGCACCGCAUUAGUAUGUUGCUGCACGAAAGGGACGCUGCUAGAAGGAACUUCGACCGUGCAGUUAGGGACGUUGGAGACAGAGACGCCGAACUCAGACGCGUGGGUGCACAGCUGGAAGCCUCGGUAAUGCAAGAGCGGCGGUUAAACACGGAAAUCAUCGUUAAAGGGGAGCAAUUAAGACAAAGAGAGCAAGCCAUAGAGGACCUGGAAAGGCAAAUACAAACGCAACGGGAAAUAAUCGACGAUCAAACCCGCGCCGACGGGGAAAGAGAAGCAGCUCGGGCGCAAGUAGGGUCCCUAGAGGAAAGGAUUGCGGAGUUGCAGGCGCAAAGAGAAGGCUUGGAAAGGGAGCUGGGGCUUACCACAAGGCAAAAAAUACUGAGGGUCCUUCGGAGGUACGGCAUUCCAUUAGCGUUUGCCGGAGCGCUCGCAGGCGCUAUUGCUGGAAUUAUGAAUGCAAUUAACGGCGUGGCCACAGGCGCAGAGGCGCUUGGAAAAAAGGUGGGGGAAAUGGGAAAAAAGGUGGGAAAAGAAAUGGGGGAAAUGGGAAAAAAGGUGGGAAAAGAAAUGGGGGAAAUGGGAAAAAAAUUAGGUGCGGGCCUAAUAACCCUGGGAAAAACAAUGGCAGCCAGCGUUGCUGGGCUGCUUGGUAGCGUUUUAAGCCUGGUAUUAAGAACCGGCGGAGAACUGUUGAAGUUCGUGGGGAAUAACAUUUGGAUCUUGGUCGUCGCUAUUGGAGUGGUACUCCUGAAGAAGAUGCGGGGUUAG